GUGAAGCUGGUCAUGUGGGAGAAGCAAGAUGGCGGCCAGGAGCCAGAAGGAUGCGGCGUGACUGCGAUCCAGUCCCAUUCAAUCAGCCAUGCUUUUCACCCAAACUUAAGAGAGUCGAUGCAGUGAAGCCGUGAGCCGAGGACACCGCGAUGGCUCUUACCGUAUUCGAUAAUGAUGAAUACAGGCCACCAGUAUGGAAAUCCUACCUUUAUCAGUUGCAACAAGAGGCUCCCCAUCCAAGAAGAAUUACUUGCACACGUGAGGUGGAAAACAGACCAAAGUAUUAUGGAAGAGAGUUUCAUGGAAUGAUAUCAAGAGAAGAAACGGACCAGCUAUUAAGCGUUGCAGAGGGGAGUUACCUAAUUCGGGAAAGUCAGCGGCAGCCUGGAACAUAUACCUUGGCUCUAAGAUUUGGAAAUCAAACCAGAAAUUUCAGGCUUUACCAUGAUGGCAAACACUUUGUCGGAGAGAAGAGGUUUGAGUCUAUUCAUGACCUGGUGACGGAUGGCUUGAUUACUCUCUACAUUGAGACAAAGGCUGCCGAGUACAUCGCCAAGAUGACAAUAAACCCAAUUUAUGAACACAUAGGGUACACAACUUUAAACAGAGAGCCUGCGCACAAAAAACAGAUGCCAGCCUUGAAAGAGACACACGAUGAAAAGGACAUACCAGGGGAGAACAGCACAGCAGAAAAAAGGCUAACGUCACUGGUAAGAAGAGCAACGUUAAAGGAGAAUGAGCACAUUCCCAAGUAUGAAAAAGUCCAUAAUUUUAAGGUACAUACUUUCAGGGGUCCUCAUUGGUGUGAGUACUGUGCCAACUUCAUGUGGGGACUGAUCGCUCAGGGUGUGAAAUGUGCAGAUUGUGGUUUGAACGUUCAUAAGCAGUGUUCCAAAAUGGUUCCCAAUGACUGUAAGCCGGACUUGAAACACGUCAAGAAAGUUUACAGCUGUGACCUCACCACGCUAGUAAAGGCGCACAACUCCAAACGGCCGAUGGUGGUGGACAUGUGCAUACGAGAAAUCGAGUCUAGAGGUCUACAGUCAGAAGGCUUGUACAGAAUAUCAGGAUUUACUGACCUGAUCGAAGACGCUAAAAUGUCCUUUGAUAGAGAUGGGGAGAAAGCUGAUAUUUCAGUGAAUGUAUACGAAGAUAUCAACAUUAUAACUGGUGCCCUGAAACUGUACUUCAGAGAAUUACCCAUCCCACUCAUCACAUACGAUGCUUAUCCAAAGUUCCUAGAUUCUGCAAAGGCAUUAGAUCCAGACACACAGUUAGAAACUCUUCAUGAAGCAUUAAAGCAGCUACCUCCUGCACACUGUGAAACGCUACGAUAUCUCAUGGGCCAUCUAAAAAGGGUAACUCUUCAUGAGAAGGACAACUUAAUGAACGCAGAAAACCUUGGCAUUGUGUUCGGACCGACUCUCAUGCGUGCGCCAGAACAAGAUGCCAUGGCUGCGCUAAAUGACAUCCGUUAUCAGAGACUAGUGGUGGAAAUGCUUAUAAAAAAUGAGGACAUUUUAUUUUGAGACUGAAACACCAGUGUUCUGCAUAUGAAGGAUUGUUUUACAGGAGCGGAAGUAACCCUUUGUAGCUGGCUCGUUACUUUCUUAGGGGAUUUCUGUGUGCACAGAACAAAAAAUGAAGGAAGCUUAUAUAGUUUCAAUUGUGGCAAUCAGAUUCUAUAGUGGAAGCGGUAAUAUGAACUAGUUUAAUUACUGCUCUGUGUUUACAGUGUAAGAAAAUAUUACAGUUGUUGCAUGAGUCUCUCCGUUUUUGUCGGGGAUUUCCUUAAAGAAAAAAAAUCUAGCAAAGUCUUUUACUUUCUAAACAGAUUGUGUUUGUAAUUUAGCAUGAGUUUCCCUGGUGUAAGAAUGUUGUGAUUUUUAUUUUAUGUUCAACAUUAAGUGGAUUUCGGUCAUGAGCUGAGCUUAUGAAGCAUAUGCCAUGCUUAAUAACAUCUGUAUUACUUGGUCAAUGUUAUUUGCUUUGUUUCUGUUCUUUUUUGCACAGUUUUCAUAUCAUUUGGUAAAUUUGUUUGAAACAAAUUUCAUGUAUUUCUCAAGAAGUUUUAUUGACGCGUUUGCUGUGGUUGCAGCUAAAUCUGCAGCUCAAAGGUUUUUUAAUAUUGUAUUUUUGUAUUUUUCAUUUGGCAUGCACAUAAUUUAUUAAAAUUAGGUUUUAACAAGUG